AUGAUUUCCCAACCUGCGUUUGUUGUUAUUGCCUUUGCUUUUCGCUUUUUGCAUGUCUGCUUGGCGCAAAACGAGAGAGAACCGAAUUACCUGAUGAUCAACAUUUUGGAAUUGAACCAAAGUAGCUCCGACGAAAACGAUUCGUCUUGCCCUCCAUCGAUCACAUCGAGAAAUGGUAACAUUCGUCCUACUAGCAUUACGACAAACCUGACAGAUAAGACGUCAUCCGUUCGCACUGUGUUAACCGACAACACUCAAGAUCCUACCACGAUGGUGUCAACAUCCCCUGGUAAAAACGUAUCGACCAUUUCCACGGAAGAUACUUGCGUGCGGGGCGAUGGCCCGCCACCGUUUUGCCUCCGAGUAAUCAACAUAACAUGGCUGUCAUUUGCUCCUUUUAUUUUUCAGCCUAAGAACAACACGACAGAAACUGAAACGUUAGACGGUGUAUUCUACAGAAUAAUAGGGCGCGCUGUUCAGUUUUGUUGCAAACGUUUUGACUACAGAGGGACACGCUUGGAAUAUACCCACAAAGCGGAAAACAUAUAUACGUUACAUGCUAAUAUCUUUUAUGAUAAAGCUUCUGUAGGAAUGCCAGUAUACAUUGAAAAUGAGCGUUCUAACCAGACCUAUGGAGGUACAUUGGCAUUUAUCACAGUCCUUGAAUCUCCCGGGUUGGUUGUUAUUGGAAACAAAGACGAUGUCAAACAGAAUGAUUCGAAGCUUCUAUGGAAAACCAUUUACAACCAGUGGCCGAUUGUGCUCAUCUCAGUGUUGUUAUGCGCAAUCUCUGGUAUUUGUGUCUGGGCGCUGGUAAGUAUUAUGGCGCUUUUUGGGGAAAAUCCAAAUCUGGUUGGAAUAAAUACAUGGUGUUUACUAUUUGCAUUGGCAAACCGUUCGGUUCACGGUUUGGGCAAAUGGUGAACAAAAUUCAAGACUAGUAAAUUUCGUCCAGGAAUCGCGUUUACCUUUCAGAGUACAAAUCAGUUCCUUUUACCGAAAAAUGACCGCGAAGGCCUGGACAUGGUAUCAAAGAUGGUUUGAAGAAACGGAACACGAACUUCCUUUUGCAACAAUCCCACCGGGAAAAACGGUUCUACCUUUUCAGACGUUAAUAUGUUACUUUCGGAAACUUUCCACCUAAACGACCCAAGAAAUCGUGUUCCAUUUACUUUCCAACCGGUUUUACGGAAACUUCUUGUAAAUGAUAAACAACCACAUUUGCUUCAUUUUCAGCCCUAUUUACAACGAGAUGGAGUAAGUUUCUAAACGGAAACUGUGUUGUCGGUAGGGAAUGAAGAACUCAAAACUGAAUUGAUAAGGUGGCAAGAUUGACCACCAGAAAAGAUACGCAAUAUAAUAUUUGGCUCCUGCUGGCACUUCCUUAUUUGGCUCAAACGAAUAUACAAUGCUGCGGGAUGUGAUCCUUGCUGCUGCGCGGCCGACAUUAUAGUGUGACCGGUUUUUAGAAUCAAAAAGCUAACUGACUCCAAAUUUAAAGUGACAAACGUUCUUGGACAAAGUCCUAUAUUUAGGCCACGAAAAAGGGUCUCUUUUCUUAAAUUAAACAGGGUAGCAAAAUGAAGGGUUAUGGCAUGGUUUGAUGGCUUCAGUGGCACAGCCCCUACACAAACUACCCUUCAGUGGUUUCCCGCCCCGGGUUUGUAGACCUCUGGCUCUGACGAAGCCACUGUUUGAAUACCUGUGGCCCGUUUAGCGUAUCAAGGUACAUGAUGUAAACACAUUGUGGUGUAAACGUACAAGCGAACUGGCGUGUUUACAACCAACCAAGCAUAUCCAGUUGAAUUUGUCAAGUGCAAAGGCUAAAUAGAUAAUCCUUUAAUUUUUGUUUUAUUUAACAGGAUACAAUAUGGAAUACAGAUGAAUUCCCUCGUCGUUUUCAUCGUGGGGCAUUUGAAGGUUUCUGGUGGGCCUUCGUUACCAUGUCAACCGUUGGGUAAGUGAAUCAAAAUUCAACUGCACGAUCACUAAUAAAAGCAAAUUUAGGCAAUGCACUUCCACACGAAUCCGGAACACUAAAACCACAUUAUUGGUAUUUGCACUGAACAGCAAUAUUUGUUGUGGUGUAUCCGAUCCGGUUUGGAUUCACCCAUCCUUAGGAAUACACUACUACGACUUACAUUAUUUUGCUAAUUACUAGCUACUAGGCGUGCGCAAAAACCGAACUCGCGAUGUGAUUUCGCGGUAUUUUUGAGUUUAUGUAGUACUUGACUUCAAAAAUAUCCUGUUGGCAGCCGUCUACACGAAAUCACCAAAAGCUUCGGAUCAGAAAAAAAAUCCACUCUGGAGAACGGUUUCAAACACAUGCGGUUUCGAUGUGCAGACAGCUGAUUCGUUUAAAAGAAGUACGCGGUUUUUCAAAGUAUCCGCACAUAAAGUGCUUUACGCAUAAAAGUGACUGGAAAGAAUAAGAAAUCUUCAAUGUCAGCCUAACGCUUAGUGCUUGGAGGUUUCUUGUGCAAAAAUGUUACGCCUUUGCAUUCUUUGCAUGCUACGUGCCUGCCAGUUAACUAAACAAAGUUCGUAUAGAGUGUUUUCACUCACGUGGCCAGCAUCUAUGCAAAUUUAUUGGAACAAAAGAAAGCGUUUGCAUAAGAAAAGAGUUCAACUCCCACAGGACCCGUUUGGGACACCAACAUGGCCGCCGUUUCAUUGUUUUGGGACACCAACAUGGCCGCCGUGACGUCAUGUGAAAACACUCUAUAUAAUUUAUGUGCCCUAAUUUGCAUACAGCAAUUUCUAUAUGGUGGUUGGAUGACAACCGGUCAAUUAACUUACAAUAGGGAUCAAUUUAAUAAAAAACUUUUACACGUGUAAUUUACAAGUGUAACUUACCGCAUUUUUGACCAAAUCUUCCUUUUUGAACCGUUUUUCGGCCAGUUAGCAUGGGAAUAGCUAAAAAAAAAGAGGUUUGAAACAUUAAAAACAUAAUUUUCUGCUAAUUAGAUGUAAGCAGCUUUUUUGUUUUUCGCGCAUCCGCAUAAGCCAAAAUUUGGCGAAUCUAUUUCGAUGUCUUUUCUCUUUUCUUCUUUUCCUCUUUGCCUUUAUUUUUAUGGCCAUUUUUGUUGCCCACUUUAUCGUCUUUCUUAAUUUCGCAUGAAAGUUUGGCUGCCUUACUCUCCAAUUAAGGGACAAAUUUAAUAUGCAAAGAAUUUUGGUUAAAUAGCAAAAUUGGCAGUGGAUUUUUUCCCCAAAUGUUGCUUAAAAUGUGUUUUUGUCUGUAACUCUGUCAGGAGUGGCCAAAAUGUUCUAAAUGAGGUACCAGUAGAAAGUUCUAUCCUCGCUCAUUACCAUUUUAUUCACAGCUUAAAUAGAAAGCUUAAUGGAUACAGGAAGGAUAAUAUGCAUGGGUUCAUAUGGAACAAAAACGACCAAAGCGGACGUUAAAGAGCCGUCAGUUGAGAAUGAAAAAAAUGUAGUAACGAGAAGAGAUUUCUUGCUCAACUUGAAUUUGCUAUUUUUGAAAAACAACUGGCAUUUACUUUUGCUCAAUUUAAAGUGAGGUUUUCAUGGGCUUAGGAUGAAAAUGGAUAAUAAUGACGAAUUUUAUUCCUUGAUGUUUCCAGCUGGUUUUAAUUUUUUAUAGUUUUUAUUCGACGUUAUUUCGUUCGGUAUCUUCAUAAGAACCCAUGUAGUUUAUCUUACAGUGUAUUUGUCAAGCAUUCUCUGAAAGAAAGGUGCCUUUAAAGGGUUUUCACACACAUCUUCACACAGUGCUCUCGUUUUCCCCAUUACGUCCUUCUUAUCGGCGCUUCGGCGUCCCACUACUACAACUGUACAGACUUUAUCAGAGAGCGGCAUUGAGACCUGUUGAAAAAUAAGCUCUUCUUGUUUUAAGGUACGGAGAUAAAGCUCCUAAGUCAGUUAUUGCUCGAUUAUUCUCCAUCGUGUGGAUCGUGAUUGGACUUACAGUGUGUUCAGUUUUGACAGCUACUUUUACCACAGCACUCGCCACAGCAGCUGUCAAAGAUGUAGACCUGGUGGGAAAGAAGGUAUAAUAUUCAUUAUAAAAAAUUACUCGGAUGUUUCCUUUUGCUAUUUUCAUUGAUUAAAAUUAUCGUUUGCACAUUUAUGAGCUUAAUAGUCUGUGAAAUGGGCAUUAAAGGUUUGUGGACUCUGUGGGAUGGAGGCUACCUUUGUAGAACUUUAAAGAACAUAUCGAUGCAAAACUGUUGAUUUAAGAUUGACGUCAAUCGUAAAUUAUUCUACUACUGAUAAAGGGAUGCAUUGAAGUUACGCGAAAAAGCGGCGGAAAUUAAACAUGUAAGCAAGUUUUGACCUUGGAAAUAUUUAGAAUGAAUAAUGCGAAGAAUAAUAAAAUAUUCAUUUGGCUUAGCUUGUUUCUUCAAACCAUAUUCAGCCUUUUCAAAUAAUUGCCGUUAAAUCCUCCGGCUAAUUCUUUUUAUAAAAUAACCAGUUAGGGCUAACCAAAUAUGGAACUCGUUUGCUACAUCCGAUAAAAUGACAUCAAUACUAUCCGAUAAACGCCAGAAAAAGGGACGGCAACCGAGAGGCCCUGGAGACGAGGUUGCAUUGUCUUGGUAGAAGAGUAGAAAAUGGCGGAAACCUAAAAAAAUUAUUGGAUUCCGCUUAAGGGUGAUCUGAAGAAAUGUGGUGCAGAUCUCGGAGUAUGUUAUCCGCUUUGACUGAUAACUCUCUCCUAAAAAUUAUCUGCUAUAUUCCUUCAGAUCACAGUACUCAGCCUCAUCCAAUAAUUACUAAGUGAUAUGUUACGUUCUCUUGAUUGUCCAUACUGCAGAUUGCUGUGUUGAAGGGAAGUCUAGCAUUCCAAGAAGUUAUCAAACAGGGAGGAAACCCAACACGUAAGAUUAACAUGACUAACUGGUCGUAUACACGUGUUUAAUUAUUAACGACAGUUCGUUUAUUCCGUUCCCGCUUGCGGGAUGAGCACUGAACGGAAAAUAAUCCCGUGUCUUGCUCUAUUUACUAGCUUUUUCACCAUUAAUUUUAUACUUGGGUAGCACAUCACAGCUUUCUUAGUCUAAACACCGGUUUGAACUUGAAUUUGGAAAUCAUGGUUUUUGCAAAUGUCAUCUUGCAUAUUUUUUAAAUUAAAAUAGGGACUCCAUUGAAAUGAUUCGCUUGGUUCUCUUGAACAGAACGUAACUCAGCCUAAAAGUUCCAAUUCAUAGUUGUAACCGGUUCCUGUGGGUCACGUGCUGGCAGGCCAGUUCAUUCUGAUGUAACAUACGACUAGUUCCCUUGAUGUUUUGUGGAUAUUCCCUCAAAUCCAGAAAAAAAUUUAUGCUUGAGGUUCCAAGCGCCAAUAGCUCUCAAGUAUUGUAACUGCAUAUUUAAUCAUGUGACAUGGGAAGUUACGCUAUAUAUAACAUUUAGUUAAUUGUAAAUUGUAGCUCUUGCGCGUUGGGGAUCUUAAAAUUCCUCUCUCUUAACGAGAUUGUUUGUCUUCAUUCUUCGUUUAUUUUCUCAGUUUUUGAAAACUUUGAAGACAUGCGAAAAGCUCUCCUAAAUAAGAAUGUGACAGGUAUAAUGGAUGAGAUGUACCACGGACUUUACUGGAUGCACCAAGCUAGAGAUUCAAGACUGGCUGUGGUUAAGAUGAUUGAGAGAGCACGUUCUUAUGGCUUCGCAUUCAAGAAAAACACUAUCUUUGAAUGGCCGGCUGAGGAGUGCAUUCGAAAACUUAUUUUGUAUCGCAGAGAGGAUCUCUACUCUGUUAUGAAACAGUUCAAGGAUGAAAUGAAGGUAAUUAGGUUUAAUCAAUGGAAGUAAUUGACUGAGCUUCUUUCGCUAACUUUUUAAUCAACUAACUAUUGCUCAUUGACACCAAAGCAAUACCCAAUAAAACAAAGGGAUAACUACGACAUAUUAUGGGUUGGGGCGUGGCCGAGUGGUCAGCGCGUCGGAUCUGCAAUCCGGCGGUUUCGGGUUCGAGUUCCCCUACGGUCACUGGCUGGAUUUGUUCGGUCACGGCUGUUCCAAAUUCAAAUCCUCUUCCACGCUUGUUAAUACCUCCUGCUAGUUUGGUUUUAACCCCGUUAUGUUCUAUUUGGAAUAUUUGUUUCCAGUUUAGACAUUAUUCACGAUAUCACCAUAUUUUCAUGCUUUGCAUUUUUACGGUUGACGGUCAGUUGGUUAACUCUUUCAAAGCGAGAAAACAAUUUUACUCAUGGCAAAUGUACAAUUCCAGAAUUGAUAAGUUUUACUGAUAUCUCAUUACAUUGCUUGCUAUGAGGACAUCUGUGUUCGCUAUUGCGUCCAAAAAAGUAACAACGAUCACGUCACCCAUACGUUUCCAUUAUGUCGUAAAGAUAAAAAGUUCUGUUGUCUAGAAUAAAAUAAACGUGACUGCCAUUUCUUGUAUUGGCAGAUUUAUCACUUGUUUGUCCCCAGAGAAACCACGUGACAUCGCUUCUAUCCCAUCGGGCCUUUAGCAAAUGCAAGGAUGGCGGGUAUCGUGAAUAAGGUCUAAGUGGUGCACUUGUAAAGUUAAGCUGAAAAGCUAAAUGCAGUUCCACUGCACAAGUUGUUAACUUUGCUUUACGUUUUACGCCCUUCCUUCAUAGCCUUGGACGUCAACAACUGCACGUCAAUAGUUCCAAAAGUCUCACUUUCAAAACGAUUUUAAUUGCAAAACCAUUCAAUUUAUUUCAAUGGGGAUAAAAAAUCAUUUUCAUAUCACUGGAUAUGCACCUCGCUAAUAAAACAGCCUAAGGGCAACUCGGAAAUGGUCCUAUUGCUUCCUUUCUUUAACAACAAAAAAGCUCUUUGCUCAUAUUAUUAAAAUUCUAUUUUAAGGAAAAACUCUCCACCGCAAUGGAUGAUGACGGGUUUUCUCUAAUGGACAGGAAUUCUCCUGCUUUUUGCGCCCUUGUUACUUCAUUGAUAAUCUUCUUGGGAGCACUGAUCGCAGCAAUCCGCCUCUGUGAACUGCUUUUCUAUCUAUACCAGAGAUUUGUAAAGAAGAAAAAAAGUGAAGGAAUAGAAGGUGGCUAAUAUCUUAUCAUGUCUCUCCUUUUCUAAUACUUCUUCGAUUUUUUUUUUUGCUACUUUUAAUUUAGAGCAAAACUCCGCUGAGUUCAGUCUAGGCCUCCCACAGCCCCACCCAGCCCCCACCCCCGACGCCUUCAAUACCACCACUUAUGUACCUUCUAAGAUAUUGAUGCUCAAUAAAACCCGAUUUGGAGCGAGGUCGCCAAAAAAACUUACUCAAGAAACGACAGAAUCAGAAUUGGAAUCGCAAGCGGAGUCGUAAGAGCGCUUAUGACCUUGUGAAAAUCUAAAAUUGGAGUCGUAAGCAGAGUCACAAGCGGGACCGAAUGGGAGUCGGACGAAUCGGUACGUUUUCAUUUUCUUCCGAUUCCGCUUACAACUCCGUCCUUUACUAUCUAGUGAAAACCAGAUUGUCGGAGUCGGAGGCAGAAGCGGAAGAAUAAACCAAUCACGACGCUAAUUCCAACCCUUUGUGAUUAGUUUAGAUCUUCCGCUUCUGUUUGCAACUCCGACAGCCUAAUUUUCACUCGAUCGUAAACGACGACGUCGUACGCAUCAGGAAGCUGUUUUCACUGGAUCGUUAACUGGAUCGUUAACUUCUGAUUUCGACUCCGACACCGACUCCGUCGCUAGUGAAAACCUGCCUUAAAUGCCCUUUCAGUUAUCAAACAAAAAUGUAGUCUGGCUGAGCUCAUGACUAGAUACGUGUCCUUAUAUGUUAUACCUAAAGGGAUAAAAUAAAAAUUUGUGAGGUAGAACGGAUAAGCAGGACUAAACCGCUAACAAUAUGUAUGAAUUUUGAUUCAUUCACAGAUAAUGUCCAGCUCUCGUGCAGCCACUGCAAAGCUCCACCAAAGAUGAGUUGCUGGAAAAUUCAUAAAGAGAAGACAAAACAGAGCCAUGGAAACUUCCAAUCACAUAACGACACUCGAGUUCAAGAUCCUUUGCCCUCCAUCAUUUGAGUUCUCAAUUCUUAACUUGAAACUUAACUAAAAUUUAUUUCAAUUAGGUUCCAGUAUAGGUGGGGGAGGAGGAGGGCGUUACCUUUAAAGAUGCUUCAGCUAUAUAAAAAUAAACCUUCGUACUCUAGCGAGAAACAGCAGGAACAAUGGCAAUAUUCUAAAAGAUAUAAUGGUGGCAGUCGCCUCAGCAGGCUUUUUUAUUAGAUGUCAAAACCUGACGAAACUCCCAAGCAAUUCCAGGGUAUAGUUUUAAACAAGACCAAAUAAUUCAGCAAGUAAGCACACACUACCAACUCCGCGGUAUGGCCAUGCAGUACCUUGAGCCUGUACACAGCCAUAUCAUUGGGAUUUGGCAGCCAUUCACUGCUGCUUCGUCCUUAUUAGGACUUAUCAGCAUGCCGUUGCCCAAGGUAAAGGGUCUCACUAGGUGAUCUCUGACCCCCUCGUUUACUGUCGAAGAGAGUGCGAAAAUGCACUCCAUGGACAUCAAGUUUCUCCAUCUAACAACUGAUAUCAAUACAUAAUCAAGUAGAAAGGUUACCCUAAGAAUUUAUAAAAUAACACCAAAAAGAUAAUGCUUUGAUCUUUUAACAAGUUCUCUCCACUAGUUUUUUACGGAAAUGCAUUGAGAUCAGACCUGCGAAUUUGUAUAUGUAUAUUGGGACUUAAAGGGCUUUAAGUUGCCAGCCUUCCGUGGCUGCAACUACGAUCUGUACCCGGAUGAUGUGGCUGUGCCCAUGCUUUACAUGUGUGUGUUUCCUUCACUUAAUUUGGUCCUAUAGUUGUAAAGUAGUUUGCUUUCCAAAAUGAAUCUAUGUCAGGAUAACGAUCGCUAAGCGCUUCUGGGAAAUAGAUAAUCAAACUGUAAGUGGUGCCCGUCUUGCAUUGUAAGGCGCAAAGAGAAUUAUGUAAUACGAUUAAAAAAAUGUUAAAUUUGACUGUUUAUAGCGUUGCAAUAAUCGCGAGAGAAUUACAUAAAUGGAGAAAACAAAACGUAGCAAAAUCGUAUGAAAAUAACAUAAAAUCGCAACUACAAACUCUCCGUAACCGAAAUAAUUUGAGGAAGUAAAUUCCUCUAUUCCUUUCUCCUAAUAUCUUCCUUUUGUUUAAUGAUUUUUUCAAGUUCGUACAAAAGAAACAUUCAGUCUAG